AUGGACCCUCAAUUGCAGAUGUGGAAGAACCCUGCUUGUUUCCCAAAUAUCGGGCCAACAGACACCCUACUGAAUGUGUUCUUGGCUAUCGCUGUCGAUAACCUCGCAAAUGCACAGGAGCUGACUAAGGAUGAGGAGCAGCAGGAGCAGGCAGCCAAUAAGAAGCUGGCCUUGCAGAAAGCUAUGGAGGUGAAGGAAGUCAGCCCCAUGUCAGCAGCCAACAUCUCAAUCUCUGCUUUUGUAAAGCAAAAUCGAGAUGCAAUCUCUCGCAGGUCGUCCAUCAACAGCAUUCAGUCAGCUAAGGAGCAGCUGCGCUCAGCAAAGUCCAUGUCAGUGUGGGAGCAGAGGACCAACCAGCUGAGGAAACACAACAUGAGGACGAGCAGCGAGGCUCUGUUCAACGAGCUGGACCCUGAGGAGCGCCUGCAGCUGGCCUCCGCCCUCCAUCUGCACCCCGACAUGAUGACUCACCUGGACCGGCCGCUCGUGGUGGAGGCCAAGAACGGUGACAAACCCUGCAGGUCUCCAGACGGAGGACGCGAAGAGACGGGGGAAUUCAGGCACGACGGGAUGGGAGAAAACCAUACUCACUCCAGGAGGCACCACCGGCACCGCGAGAGGAACGGGGAGGGCAGGGAUGGAGGGGAAGGCCACGGAGGGAGGCACCACACCCACCACAGCCGGAGCAGAGACCACAACGGGGACAGAGAGAGGAGAGGGGACAGCAGCCACAGCCACGACGAAGGAGGACAGGGACACCGGCACAACCACCAGGCCGGCUCCCCUGAGGAGGACAACAAAGACUUCAGAGGAGGAGAAGAGAGAGGACACCGCCACCAUCAUUCCAAUCGUUCACCCAAAGAGGGGAACGGGGUGAUAGCCAACGGAGCACAGGGAGAGCACAGGGGGAAGGGGGGAGGAGGAGGGGAGAGUAACGGAGAGAGGCGGGGACGCUGCUCUCGGAUGGUCAGAGCGCACUCUACUCUCGAUGGAGACGACUGUAAGAGGAACAAGAAUGGAUUCAAAGGUCACAGGGACAGGCAGCCGGAUGCUGAGGACGACGGCCUGGCCUCCAGUCCUCUGCAGCCCAUGCGCAGUAACCUGAGUCUUGGAGAGAAGCAGGAGGAUGCCGACAACCAGAAGAACUCCACCAGGGCCAGCCAGGCCGGCCUCAACAGCAACACCAUCGUCAUCCCCGUCACCAUCACUGCCCCGCCCGGAGAGACCACCAUCAUACCCAUGAACAAUAUCGACUGCGACAGCUUCUUAUUCAGCGAUGAGAAGAAAGACCUGGAGGAUGAGGAGGCGGCUAAUGGGCCUCGGCAGAUCCUUCCCUACAGCUCCAUGUUCGUCUUUGGGCAAACUAACCCGGUGCGGCGGCUGUGUCACUACGUGGUCAACCUACGCUACUUUGAAAUGUGCAUCCUGUUGGUCAUCACAAUGAGCAGCAUUGCUCUGGCAGCCGAAGAUCCAGUGCAAGCGAAUGCACCGCGCAACAACAUCUCAACAAAGCGUGGCCAGGUAUCAGCUGUAUAA